AUGGCGAAAGAAAAAAGGUUGGGAUUACGACAGGGGAAUGCGAAUUUAAACGAACCCAUGGACACGAUAUUUGUUAAAGCGGUGCACGAGGGUACGUCGGCACAUGCAGCAGGUCUCGAAACAGGUGAUAGAAUAUUAAGCGUGAAUGGGGAAACAAUUGCUGGGAAAACAUAUGCCCAAGUUGUACAGCAAAUACACAACACACCGGAACGAUUGAAUUUAUUAGUUGUACCAAAAGAAGAAGAUAUAAUUCAGCAAUAUUACAGCGAAACGGCUCAUAAUCCUAAGACAAAUGCUCGACCUCGUUUAAGAUCUCCAGAAGUUGUGCAAGAUCCUAAAAGGGCAAGCGCACUAUCACUUCCAGGCACCCAAAGAAAUAUGUCAAGUCAAAAAAUGAUGAUGUCACCCGUUCGACAACAGCAAAGCCCUCCGGUUUUCGGUUCUUGGCAGCACGGCAUGCAUUCUUCAAAUCCUGAAACGGUUUGCAAUAAUUCGUUAAUGUGGCCGAAUCAGAGCAUAGGAAGCGAGAAUAGAGGUACGAUGGAAAUGCAUAGAUUAAAAAUGCAAAAUUCAAGAUGGGGAAACAGCGGGAGCGGAAAAGUACAAACCGAUCAACAAAUAUCUGUGAUAAAGACAAAUAAUAAUCCCGCGACGUUUUAUUCUAACGCGAGCGGUUGUCGUUUGAGUUUGGACGGCGGAACCCUCGACAGACGGGAAAGUUCAUCGAGUUCGACUCUUACCGACGACUCGGUCAUAAUGUCUAGAAUACGGAAAAGCUGUGAGCAAAAAGAAGAAUUCUUGAGGAACACGGCUACGCCUUUGUAUUCACAAAUAAUCGCGAGAGAAUUUUAUGCGAGGCCACAAAAAUUUCAAAAACAAAUAUGGCCUCCGAACAGUCCUCCUCCUCCUCCUCCUUCCGAAAGUGAAGAUUUGGAACUUAAAUCCGCGGUCGGCGAUGAUCGUCCGUCGCUUAAAAGCGGUCAACUCCAAUCCAUGAAAACCUUGUCCAGGGUACAAGACGGUUCACCUAAAAGUUUCCCAUCAGAAACACUCGACGGCGAGACCUGUGAAACACCACAAUCGUGGCACGAUUCUCCGAAAAAUCGAUCUCAUUCUGAAGAGUCUGAUUCCGCACGACAUGUUGGAGGAGCAGGAGGACAAAGGAAAUUGCACAUAGUAUCUCAAAGAGCCAAACAAUUCGAAACAGGUCAAUUGGAAGAAGAAGAAAAUAAAACACAUUUUUACAGGAGCGAAUUGGCAAGGUUGUCGGGUAAAAAAACGGUACCGAACGUCGCGGUGAGAAAACAAGAGUUUGAAAGAGUCGGAAGAGAUGGAAAUCAAAGUGGAGGAAAAGAUUUUUGUUCUUCUGCGGAAAGUUUUUCUUCUUCCGGAGAUGCAGGCGGGAUUUUAUCCGGUAACAGGACUGUGAUAGUCGGAUCUAAACAAAUUCACGUUGACCCGCCGACAGAUUUUAAACAAUUAGGUCCAGAAGUAGAAAAUCAAGAUCGGAAUAAGGAAAAUGUUUCGAAAACGUCAAAAAGUUGGACGAGUUUACAAUCGAAUCCGUCAAAGGAAAAAUUAAUACUCGUCGAAACUAACGAAAAAGGAAAAGAGGAAGAAAGACAAAGGCAUAAGGCCGUUCGACAAGAUUCUUAUUUAGCAGCCGUGAAACCGGUUUCGAGUAAUGCAGGAGUUCAUAAUAAUGCCGGAAGUCAAGUAACGGAAGUGGUGGUGAGAAGAGAAAAAAAUUCCACGUUAUCGUCCGCCGAAGAUGAUCGUGCCACGAGGAGAAUAUCAUAUCUCAAAGCAACAUCAAACGAUCAAAUGAACAUUGGUUUGGAUAAAGAUUCCGAUCGUUCAACCGUUAAAAGGAAAUGGAUGUAUCCCAUGUUGCCAGGAGAUAUUCAAAGGUUGAGACGUAUUUUCGAAGAAUAUUCUGGAAUUGUUGAUACCGGCAGUUCAUCGAAUAAUAGUAACAACGAGGGAUCUUCAAAAAGGCACACGGUUAUAAAUAUCGAAAAAUCAGAAUUGAAUGAAAAUUUAAAAAUAAUCAAAGACGGUUGGCUAAACUGUAAAGUGGCCGUCAUUGAUGGUAAACGAGCCGGAGAUCGUUCGUGGAAACAAAUAUGGGCAAUACUUCGGGGACCCUAUUUGACGACGCAUAAGGAUAAGCAAGCCGAACAAGCGGAAUACACGAUCGAUAUAAGAAGUUGCACCGUGGACAUACCUCAAAAUUAUACUAAAAAGAAAAACGUUUUCAAAAUAAAAACGGAGUCGGAAACGGAGUAUUGGCUUCAAGCGGAGGAUCAAGACGAUUUGGACGGUUGGAUAAAAAUAUUAGAUGAACAAUCGGAAAAUUCUAAUACUCUCUCACCUCAGGCCGUGCACAAGGGAAUUAAAAAAUUGGGAAAUUUGAGAACGAGGAGUCCGACGGGACAAAGUCCAGCUAGUAAAACUAGAAAAGCAACUCAAUUGGAACAACCCGUGUCGCCGAAAAGUAAAACGUGGAAAGGAAAACUCGGGAAACAAUUUAAAAAAAUGCAAGGAAGCGGGGGUUCUCCUUCGUCUCCCACCAUCUCGUACCCGGAAGGGGCAACCAUUAAAGUUCCUAUCGAAUUAUGUCCUCCCUCAACCAUAUCCGAAUAUAUUCCUUUGAUCGUUGAGAAAUGCACGAGCAUCGUGGAAUCCCGAGGCCUUGAAGUCGUCGGGAUAUAUAGGAUUCCUGGGAAUACUGCGGCUGUGACUGCUCUUACCGAGGCUGUGAAUAAAGGAAUCGAUAGUAUUAGCCCAGAGGAUCCUCGGUGGAACGACAUAAACGUCAUAUCGAGUUUGUUGAAAUCGUUUUUUAGAAAUUUACCAGAUUCACUUUUCACGGCUGAACUUUAUCCGAAAUUUAUAGAAGCAGAUAAAAUAGUCGAUCCUAAAGUACGAAUGGUCACACUCAGGAAGCUGAUAAAAGAACUGCCGGAACAUAAUUUUGAAACUUUAAAGCAUUUGUUGUAUCAUCUGAAAAAAAUAGUUUCGAAAAGUUCGGUAAAUAAAAUGGAGACGCAAAAUUUAGCAAUUGUUUUCGGUCCGACGUUAUUAACGACGACCGAUCUCAUGGCUUUGGUUACCGACACGUCACACCAGUGCAGAAUCGUCGAAUCGUUAAUAACUCACGUAGACUGGUUUUUUUCAAACGAUGACGUAAACACUCUUGAAAAUUUGACACCGCCGAUGUCAUCAUCGGAUGCUCAGGUUUCAUCGGAAACUCCGCCGAAUGCAAAUUUACUCUUGGGCAACAUUCAUAAAAUCGAAGGUUAUUCACGAUUGGAACAUUCUCCUAAUAAGGACAUGUCUCCGAAAGAUAUAGUUUCUUCUAUUAUUUCAGCUGCGAAUAGGAAAAUUUCCAAAGGGAAAUCGAAAAAAGUCGAUAAAACCGUCACGCAAAUCGAAUCGGAAACGAAAACGGUAACUAAGAAAACUGAAUUAAUAAAAGAAGAAGAAUUAUUGUUGGAACCUUCGACUUCCGUUGCCGCAUCAAUCGUGAGUUCCUUUGUCGGAGAAAUCCUUCGGAAUAAAAAUGGGGAUAUCAGCAAAUCUUCCACCACUUCCGAUCUUAAUUCGAAUGACGUCAUCAGAGCGUAUUCGGGAUUGGAUUCGAAUACGAUAGAACGAAUAAAAAGGUUCGAACAAGAAACUCAUGCGAUGUUGCAAAGGGAUCCGACGAAAACGAGGAGGGGGGGAGACACGGAAACAAAUUGGUUGUCGGACAAACAAAUAAUUGAAAUGAAAUUACAACAAGCCAAAAGAGAAUUAGAAAACGAAGAAGAUGUUUUAGAUGCAUUGACAAAUGCUUCAACUGAUCUCACGAAAAAAUCAAAUUCAGACCGAUCAUCAUUUUCUAGUCAUGCUGAAAAUAACAUUCCGUCGACGAUACGGAAAGGCGGUUUAUACGAAAACGAAGGUUCCGAUCCCACGACGACUCCAAACUCCGGAAGCUUAAAAAGGUUCAAAAGUAAUAGAGACGAAUCGAACGAAAUAAUAACGAUGACUUCUAGCUUGGAUUCGUUGCACGACGCGGGUAAAAGUGAUACAUCAGACGACGGUAACGAUUUGGUAUUAAGCCUCACGAAAACAUUUGAUAAAACAUUAAAAUCCGUAUUGAACAUGUCGGACGACAGUUCGUUAGAAGAAGAAAAGAAAAGCAUGACGGAAAAAGCAGAAUAUGAAAACGUUAUAGAGAACAAAGAAUCGAAAUUAUGCGGUCAAAAUAUUAAUAAUAAUAAUAAUAAUAAUAAUAAUAACAACGAGAAAAAAAUGGGGAGCGAAAACGAUGAAUGGGUUAAAGAUGAGGAGGAAUCAAAGAAAUCAUGUGUCAAAUCAUCUGAAAAUGUUAAAACGUUAAUAAAAGAGAAAAACGUUAAAAAAACACCGGAAAUAGUUGCGGAAACGGUUUUGAGAGCGAAAAAUACGGAAAACGCGAGCAAUUUGAAAAGAUCGGAAAGUCUUAACAAACCGGAAAAACCGGAUUCGGGUUGUACGAAAUUGAAAAGGAGCGAAUCCCUGAAUAAAAACGAAAAGGAAAACGAUUUUAUCAAAUUGAAACAUUCGGAUUCGUUGAAAAACGAUUUGAAAAGAUCCGAUUCUCUCACGAAAUACGAGAAAACGGAAACGAACAUGAACAAGAGGAAACAACAGGAGAGCGGAUUGAAAAGGAGUUCGAGCAAGGAAAAGGAAAACGUUUUGUUUGUUAAAUUGAAAAGGAAAAACGGAAUGCCUGACAGGUCGAUAAAAAGGAGGCACACGGUCGGUGGUACGAAGGAUUUCGAUAAAUUACCAUGGUUGGAUAAUCGAUUGCAAUGCGAAGAAUCGGAAAACGAGAAAUCGUUGAAAUCGAAAGAGAAAAGAUCGCUGAGAACGAGUUCGCCGGAUUUGAGUUCGUCGAGAUUGAAAGCGACAAUCGAAUCCGAAGGAUUGUCCAUAGAGGUCAGCCUUUUAGGUUCGAGAGGUAACGUACUCGCGACUCUUCGCAAACCACUCAUUCCUCCAUCGCCGUCAGGUAGACCACAAAGCAUGCCGCCCGUAUCUCAAAUAUUUAAACUACCGUUAGAAUCACACGUUUGA